AUGGCAGACUUGGAGCUCGUCUACGCAGCCGCAAAGGCACGUCUUGAUGAAGUUGCAAGCCAGCCUUUCGUCAUGACCGACUUGAUAUGGCGAGCUAUCGAGCUCAUCCUGUCUGCGAUGCAGUACAAGGACGAUUUGAUCAUGUACCUCCUCGUUGGCCUCGUCGACUUUGACAUUGGCGUCAUCCUCGGUGAACGGCGUUACUUUGACCCACAUCUCCGUGAGAUCGACAGGGCACUCGUCGAGAUCACCAACAGAGAUGCGGAUCCUUUCACGAAACCCCAAGCUGUCUUGAACGACAUCAUCUGGCCCAAAGACUCACCCGACGGCUAUCCAGCUCCCAAAGAGUCUCUAGACUGGCCAGCAGCAUGGCAAGCUACUCUUGCCGCAAGUCCCAGUCUCUUUGCUGCAGCUCGCGUCUUUGCAAACACCAUCACGACCAAUCAGGUCCACCAUCCCAAAGCCGGUCUGCACGGCCCAAACGACUUCAUGGGCGUCCUGCGCAGGCUCGACGAACUUUCCAUCAUGCGCUUCGAACAGAGUGUCCUCGAGAAGCCCGACUGGCAGACCAAGCUCGGCGAUACUGCUAUUGUAGACCGCUGGCGCGAAGAGAGCGCGGCCCAAGGCAUCGAGGAUGAUAUGUUCGAUUAUGCCUUGGCCGAGCUUCGAUACUUUUCAGACUCGCAAGACAAGCUCACAGGUAUCAUGCAUUCUUCCGUGCCUGCCGUCAUGGUCAGCGACAAGCUUAUCGACGAAGCGGAUGCGCAAGAGUUACGCAACCUGGCCGAGCGUAUCGAGACCACCGAACCCAAAGACUAUCAUCCGGGCUCAAACGACAUCGUGCUUGAUCUCGUUCAUCCUUCGCUCUAUUGCUACGUGCGAGGGAGGACGAGGCGAUACGCUGGCUCAGAUCAAGCUGGCGAGACACCCAGCAAGUGGCCAGCGCCCUCUGGCCUAUCUGAGACUGCUCAAAAGAUCACGAGCGAGCGUGAAAGCGUUGCACAGCGCAUCAUCGACCACAUAGGACCUCAGCUCACGCGCAACUCGUUCGUCUCCCCCCAGGCCAGUCUCGAUCACGCCGGUCAGGGUCGCACGACAAAAGGCACAUCGCCCGCUGCAGACCAAGUCGAGUCAGCGUGGCCAGCGUUUAGCGAUCGUCGCACGCAGGUACGCUUCUUCGAUCGUUCGAAAGUGCCAGUCUCGUCCGAUUACCAGUGGCUGCCUGUCGAUAUACUCGUCAGAGACGACUGUGCCAGCAAGCUGCGGUCCUACAUCCCCAAUCUGCAUCCCAUCUUAUAUGCAGAUGCAUACCCAAUGCUCGAGCGCAUCAUCUCACGCAUGUGGCCCUUGUUCGAGAGCGCGAUACAAGAGUCGCGCAGAUACGGCCAGGUCGAGGCUUUCAAGUACUCAGGCCGUCAUCGGGAUCUAUGGGACACAAGCAAAGCGGGUCAGCCGCCACAGGAAUACAACUAUGAAGAGGAUGAUAUAGAUACAUACUACGAGGACAUUCGAGACUGGCAGCGAGCGCUCAUCUUCAAACGCCCACCCGUCAAGCCCUUCUCUGCACCAAAGGAAAUCGAGACACGAUGGGAAGAUUGGCCUGUUAAGCUCCGUGACGGCGAGUUUCAGCUCAUUGUCAAGCUUGCCAAUGUGCAUCUGACGCCCGAUAAGCCUGCAUACGAUGGUUCAAGCUGGCACGUAGAAGGCACUCUCACUGAGCGCAUCGUCGCAACUGGCCUGUACUACUACGACGAAGAAAAUAUAUCGACCUCGCGCCUAUCGUUCAGACAGAGCGUCGCCGGCCUUGCCGAGGACGAGGCAUACGAGCAGGAUCAGCACAGUCACCUCACACAUCUAUACGGCGCAAGCAAUUCAGCGUCAGCAUCGCAACAUCUCGGCUCCGUACACACACCCCAAGGUCGCGCCCUAUCUUUUGUGAAUGGCAUGCAACAUCGUGUUGAGCCUUUCGGACUCGCCGACCCAUCACUACCUGGUCAUCGCAAAAUUCUGGCUCUCUUUCUGGUCGAUCCGACAAAUCGUAUAUUGAGCACCAGCGACGUCCCUCCCAUGCGGCACGACUGGGCGCCCAACGCAACGGGAGAUUAUGGUCUGAUGGACCUCGAAGAAGCGCAACAACACCGCGCUAAUCUGAUGACCGAGCGAGCAGCAUUCACGAGCCUGGUGGACGGUGUAUUUCAGCAAGAAUAUGCUCUAUGCGAGCACUGA